UCCACUCUUGAUUAGCAUUGAGUAUUGUAAAAACACUGGUCCAAAAGAAGGAAGCUGUAACACUUGACAGAUUACUGCUAGUGCUACAAGUAACCCACAUGUGAAGAUGAGCAUCCCAGACUACAUGCAGUGUGCCGAGGACCACCAGACAGUACUAGUGGUGGUCCAGCCGGUUGGGAUAGUACCCGAGGACCAGUUCUUCAAGAUCUACAAACGCAUCGCCAGUGUGAGCCAGGUGAGCAUCAGAGACUCGCAGCGCCUCCUCAUCCGCUACCGCCACCACUAUCUGCCCGAAAAUAAUGAGUGGGGAGACUUCCAGACGCACCGCAAGGUGGUGGGCCUCAUCUCCAUCACCACCUGCGCCUCGGCCAAGGAGUGGCCCCAGACCGCAGAGCGCUUCCACGGACAGAAGGAGGUGUACAGCUCCACGCUGUACGAUUCGCGCUUGCUGGUGUUUGGGUUGCAGGGAGACAUUGCGGAGCAGCAGCGGACCGACGUGGCCUUCUACUCCAGCUUUGAAGACUGCCCGGAUGUGGAGAAGAGAGUGGAUGACUUUGUGGGGUCGAUAUUUAUUGUUCUGGAGUCCAAGCGGCUUGACCGAGCCACGGACAAGUCGGGGGACAAGAUACCACUGCUCUGUGUGCCCUUUGAGAAGAAGGACUUUGUGGGUUUGGACACAGAUAACAGUCCUGUGAGUUUAUUGUUGGGUGUGAAAAGGCAUUAUAAAAAGCGUUGCCAGGGCCGGAUGAGGAAGCAUGUUGGGGACUUGUGUCUCCAGGCAGGUAUGCUGCAGGACGCCCUGGUCCACUACCACAUGGCUGUGGAGCUGCUCAGGGGGGUUAAUGACUUCCUCUGGCUGGGUGCUGCGUUGGAGGGUUUGUGUUCAGCUUCUGUCAUAUUCCACUACCCUGGAGGCACGGCGGGGAAGACCGUAGCACGCAAGCCAAGCAUCUCCCAGCCAGCAGACGCAGGGAAACGCCACAGACCAGGGGCUCAGGAGGUUCUCAUUGACCCAGGUGCCCUCACAGCCAACGGCAUCAGUGCAGACACCAGCACUGAGAUUGGACGUGCAAAGAACUGCCUGAGUCCUGAGGACAUCAUUGAGAAAUACAAAGAGGCCAUCUCUUACUAUGGAAAGUAUAAGAACGCAGGCGUGAUCGAGCUUGAGGCCUGUGUGAAAGCGGUCAGGGUGCUGGCCAUUCAGAAGAGAGCCAGGGAGGCCUCUGAAUUCCUGCAAAACGCUGUUUACAUCAACCUGGGACAGCUCUCAGAAGAGGAGAAGAUCCAACGCUACAGUAUCCUGUCCGAGCUCUACGAACUGAUCGGCUUCCAUCGCAAGUCUGCGUUUUUCAAGCGUGUUGCAGCCAUGCAGUGUGUGGCUCCCACCAUCCCGGAGCCUGGCUGGAGGGCCUGCUACAAGCUGCUGCUGGAGACGUUGCCUGGAUACAGCCUGUCACUUGAUCCCAAAGACUUCAGCAAAGGUACCCACCGAGGCUGGGCUGCUGUUCAGAUGCGCCUCCUACAUGAGCUGGUGUACGCCUCUCGUCGCAUGGGCAACCCCGGCCUGUCUGUACGCCACCUGUCCUUCCUGCUGCAGACCAUGCUGGACUUCCUGUCCGAUCAAGAGAAGAAAGAGGUGACUCAGAGUCUGGAAAACUACACCUCUAAGUGUCCGGGUGGAAUGGAGGUCAUCAUGCUUCCUGAUGGCCUGAAGCUCCCUCCGGUGCCCUUCACAAAGCUCCCCAUUGUCCGAUCAGUGAAGCUCCUCAAUCUACCCGUCAGUCUCCGUCCUCACAAAGUGAAAGGCCUGCUGGGACAGAAUAUGUCCACCGCCAGCCCCUUCAUCUACUCACCCAUCAUCAUGCACAACAGAGGAGAGGAGCGUUGUAAGAAGAUAGACUUCCAGUGGGUUCAAGGAGAUGUUUGUGAAGUACAGCUCAUGGUCUACAACCCCAUGCCUUACGAAUUGCGUGUGGAGAACAUGGGUUUGCUGACAUCUGGAGUAGAGUUUGAAUCCCUGCCUGCUGCGCUGUCCUUGCCUGCAGAGUCUGGCCUGUACCCCGUCACUCUGGUUGGCGUCCCAUGUACAGCUGGCAACAUCACAGUCAAUGGUUACCACACGUCAGUGUUUGGUGUAAACAGUGAUUGCCUGUUGGAGGGCCUGCCUGCUGUGAAGACUAGCGGCUGUCUGGUGGAGGUCAUUCCCUCACUUCCUCGUCUCCAGCUCAGCACAUCACUACCACGGUCAGCCCACACGCCUCAGCCAACAUCAAAAGAGGAACUGUCCAGCACUGUGUCCCUACAACUUUUCAACGGGGAGACCCAGCAGCUGACCAUCACCUUGAAGAACAUUGGAUCUGAGGACAUUGAGACGCUGGAACUCACCUCUAAGAUUGUCAGCACUAAAGAGAAAGUGUUUGGGGAGUUUCUGAGCUGGGAGCUAGAGGAGUCUUUGUCUCACCUGCCUCUAAAGUCUGGCCAGGCUGUGACACUGACUGUCAGCAUUAAAGUCAAGCUGGACUUCUCUGGUCAGGAGAACCUGCUGCAGGACCUCAAUGAUGAUGGGAUCAGUGUGACAGGCCUGCCAAUCUCCAGUCCUCUGCGCCAAGUUCUCAAACCCAGGCCCGAGAACAAGUCCGUCAGCAGUGAGUCCGGCAAGGCAGAGUACAGCCAUAUUAAGACUUUGGAAGCAUUGCUGAACUUCAAAUAUUCGGGGGGAGCAGGCAAAGUGGAGGGCUACUACAGGGAGCUGUCUUUGGGAGUCCAUGUUGACGUGGAGCCAUCUGUAUUCUUUACCAGAGUCAACACACUCCCUGCAACCAGCACUCGCCAGUGUCAUCUCCUGCUUGACAUCUUCAACCCAACGGAGCACGAGCUCACUGUCAGCGCCAAGAACAACCAGGAACUGGUUCUCCAUGCCAGCGAGUGCCAGAGGAUGGCCAUCCAGGUUGACAAGUUUGACUUUGAGAGUCUGCCACAGCCGGACCAGGAGACAGCUCGCUUCACUAACCCCAAGCAGCUGGAGGAGGAACGACAACAUGCCCAGGGCUACCAGAUCAACAGCAAGCUUGGCAUCUGUUGGAGCAUCCCCUCCCUGCGGCGCCGUGGAGAGGCCAGUGUGGAGGGAGUCCUCAACCAGCUGGUCCUGGAGCAUCUACAGCUCGCUCCUUUGCAGUGGGAUGUGUUGGUGAAUGGGAAGCCAUGUGACUGCGAUGUCAUUGCCGACUGUAAAGCGGGUGACGCUGUCACCCUGGAGGUACAACUGACCAAUCGGAGCAAGAACUCAGUGGGCCCCCUGGCUCUGACUGUGGUGCCCUAUCAGGACUUCCAGAACGGAGUCCAGAACUACAAUCUGGAGGACGCGGUCACCUUCAUCGGCUCCAACACCUUCUAUAUUGACACGGUUAAACCCAAGGAAAACUCUGUCUGUGUGGGUGCCCUGCUCUUCCUCUACACUGGAGAUUUCUACCUUAAGAUCAAGUUCCAGGACGACAGUGCUGGACGAGAGCUUCCUUUAGCCUGGUUCACUCUGCCCAGCGUCCACAUCCGAGCCCUGGCCACUCCGCUGCAGGCUGGGGCCUGAGGUUCUGGUGGCCUCAACAUUAAAGCUCUGAAUGAAAGAUGAAGAGUUUUGAUGUUGAAGUUGUCUGUAAAUACACAAUUGUUGGGGGGAAUUGAAUCACAUGUAAAUAUAAUUGUGGUUAAGGUUACAGCAAGUGUACAGUAUAGUGCAGGUUCACAAACUCACACAGAAACACUCCCCACUCCACUAUCUAGUUAAUGAUAUUGCUAACAUCUGUACAUUGAUUGAAAAACCAUCCGCUUGGAAUGUUAUCAGUUAUUUAUUACUGGCAUGGAUGUACUGUGGUCCUACCCUACCUCAGUAGGCCGUUAGCAUCUAUUGGUAAGCUGGAUCAUCCAUCUGCAU